AUGCGCGGCCUCCUGCUGCGGCCAGAGCCCCUUCCCGGGCAGGUUCGCUGGUGCCGCCGGGCCGGUGGGAGGUUUCCCUUUGCCCCGCAACUGUUUUCCCCCGAAGGUGGUUUUAAAAAGGAUCGGUUACAGCCCGCUCAGCCUAGUCUAAGGCGUGAGGUGAACGGUCAUGAUGAGGAUGGAAAUGAGCUACAGACGACACCAGAGUUCAGAGCACAUGUUGCGAAGAAACUGGGAGCAAUGCUAGACAGUUUCAUCACUGUCCUGAAGGACUCAUCAGGACCUUCACAAACUUCUAUGCGACAGUCUGACUAUGGAGAUGAUGGGUUUCGCCUCUUCUCUUCCUCUGUCCCAGGAGACUGUGGGAAAUCGGAGCCUUGCCCUGCAGCAAGGAGGAGACAGCCAUCUAGCUCCAGUGACAUGGACAGUGACCAAGAGUGGCAAAGGUACCAAGAGGCUGCUGUGUCAGCUGCAGAUAUUCUGAAGCAAAGUGCUUUUCCUGCACUGUCCCAGGAUUCCAGCCAGGAUCAGAGUCAGAGUUAUGUAGAGCACAGCCAGAAAAAAAAGAAGAAAAAGAAAAUUAGGGGAGAGAACAAUACUCAAGAGAAAAUAAUAGACCCAGCAGAGUGUGACCAGAUCAGCAAAGAUUUGCCACGGUUGGUGUCUCCAAAUGGACAGCAUGAGAGACAGGACGGCAAUCAUACAGAGAACUCAGUGUUGGCAGGAGUUGUAAAGAAGAAAAAGAAGAAGAAAAAAAGAGAAUGA